CUGCGCUAUAAAGCCGGUUGACUCUGUCCCAAGCAGAGGAUCGUUGAGCGUCUUCCAGCUGAGCAUUAUCAACAUGUCGACAGAGAAACUGAACAAGAAGAAGACGAUAGACCUGAGAAAGAAGCACAUUGGGCCAUCUUGUAAGAUUUUCUUCAGCCAUGACCCCAUCAAGAUCAUCCAAGCCAAAGGCCAGUAUAUGUAUGAUGAGACGGGACAGCGCUACUUGGACUGCAUCAACAACGUGGCUCAUGUGGGUCACUGUCACCCAGAUGUGGUGAAGGCAGGAGCUCAGCAGAUGGAACAACUCAAUACCAACACACGUUUCUUGCAUGAUAAUCUCGUCCUGUACGCCCAGAAGCUGCAGGCCACGCUGCCCGACAAGCUGUCUGUGUGCUACUUUGUCAACUCAGGCUCCGAAGCCAAUGACCUUGCUCUCCGACUGGCGCGGCAGUACAGCGGCCACAAAGACAUCAUCACACUGGAAAAUGCGUACCACGGGCACAUCUCGUCGCUCAUCGACAUCAGUCCGUAUAAGUUCCACCAGCUGUCGGAUGCUGAGCUGAAUCCAUUUGUGCAUGUGGCUCCCAGCCCAGAUGUGUACAGAGGCAAAUACAGAGCGGACCACUUCGAUCCUGCGACGGCGUACGCAGAUGAAGUCAAGGAUAUAAUCGAAAAAGUCCACAAGAAAGGAGGAAAGAUUGCUGCGUUUAUUGCCGAGUCAUUGCAGAGUUGCGGCGGUCAGGUCAUUCCCCCCGCCGGUUAUUUCCAGCAUGUGGCAGAACAUGUCCAUAAGGCAGGAGGGCUUUUUAUUGCAGAUGAAGUCCAGGUCGGUUUUGGGCGAGUUGGCACAAAUUUCUGGGCCUUCCAGCUUCAAGGAGAAGACUUCGUGCCCGAUAUUGUUACGAUGGGAAAACCCAUCGGCAACGGUCAUCCCAUGUCAUGUGUGGUGACGACCAAAGAGGUGGCGGAGGCCUUCAUGUCAUCUGGAAUGGAGUAUUUCAAUACAUUCGGCGGUAACCCGGUGUCCUGUGCCAUCGGUCUGGCCGUGCUGGACGUGAUUGUGAAAGAGGAUCUGCAGGGUAAUGCUCUGCGAGUGGGGCAACACCUGACUGAUCUGCUGGAAAAGCAGAAAGAGAAGCAUCCACUCAUCGGAGACAUCAGGGGUUGUGGUCUCUUUGUUGGAGUGGAGCUUGUGAGGGACAGAUUGACGCUCACUCCUGCCACAGCAGAGGCCCAAGAAGUCAUAUAUAAGCUAAAGGAGCAGCACAUCCUUCUCAGUGCUGAUGGACCUCAUCGCAAUGUGCUCAAGUUUAAGCCGCCGCUGUGUUUCACGACGGAGGACGCUGAGCUGGUGGUGGAGAAAAUCGACCUCAUUCUUACAGAACUGGAGGAAGCGUUGAAGCUGCACGACGCACCGAAUGUUGAGAAUGAAAGCAGUAAAAGAAAACUGCCGACUGAUGAAAACGGACACCAGUAUGGUUUAAUACACAGCAGAGGGAGCAGUCAAGGAGUUUCUCAGCAAACCACUCAAAACAAACGCCUCAAGACAUAAAGCUGCCUGGGAACAAACACUUGAUCUUUAUCAGGAAAGAACUGAUAAAGGACCGUAUACUCUCUGGAAAAGGAAUAAAAGGUGCCUUAGCAUGAAAUCUAAUGAAAAAAAUCUUAAUAUACUGUAUAUCUAUGAGAUUGCAGUGUCUUCUCAGGUAUUGUUUUUAAAUUACUCUUAGGAAUCAAGCUACUUAUUGAGCAUAUUAACAUGUGUAUUAUGACUUGGUGCAGGUUAUUAUGCAACUUAUUAAUCUACACAACUUGUAUUUAAAUUUUUGCCAAUAUUCAUGUGAUUUUUUUUUUAUUGAAUUACAAUUUUAGUACAUAAAGCAUGUAUGUCAAAAUAUGCCAUGGUGCCUUUAUGUGAAUUUAGCCUUAAAAUGCAGCUUUAAUUGUUAUAAAGCAUGAAAUACAUGUGUUAAACAAAUGCCACUGAAAUAAAUCAAUAUAUGUAUGUAA